GCAAAUUUAGCGUCGCUGACAUAACGACACUUCCGGGUGCGCCGAUGGCCGGCCUUUGAGGCCUGCGGGGUCUGGGUAAGGGAGUCGUUUUCGCUGAGGCGCUCUGUACCGACCAUGGACCGGAGGAAGAAGCCUUUGGACGUUACAGCCUCUUCGUUGGUAGACCUUAAGGCUGAGCUCUUCAGAAAACAAGAAGAAUUCAAGCAAGAAAAACUUCUGAAAGAUUCUGGAGUUUUGGGAAAACCAAAAACAACUAAUAAGAAACCAAGUAUCUGGAGCAAACAGAAUGCAGGAGUUUCCAAUCGAGCUGAGAAGGAUACUGAACAGAAGAUUGAGGAGCAGAAGACUUUAGACAAGGCGAGGGAGAAAUUGGAAGAAAAAGCCAAAUUAUAUGAAAAAAUGACUAAAGGAGACUUUAUAGAUGAAGAAGUGGAAGAUAUGUACCUUGUGGAUUUCACACAGAAGAUUAUAGACAAACACAAAGAAAUGGAGAUGUUUGGUGCCCACAAAGAUGCUGCAAAGUCAGGUGAAAGAGACGAUGAUGAAGAAAAUCUUUCUGAAAAAGAUAUACCUCCUCCUCAGGACCCCAGUGAGGAAUGGGUGGAUUAUGUGGAUUCUUUAGGGCGAUCCCGACGCUGUAUGAAAAAGGAUUUGCCAGAUCUGCUGGAAAUGGAUAAAAAUCUUCAGGGGAGGCUUUUUGUUAGCCCUGCUAAUGAGAAAACCUUACUGUCUGAAGAUAUGAGGAAAGAACUUCAGCGCCAGCAGUGGGAGGAGGAAGAGCGAGAGGCCCUAAAAAGGCCAAUGGGGCCCAUACAUUACGAAGACAUUCGUGAAAAUGAGGCCCGGCAACUUGGUGUUGGAUACUUUGCCUUUGCCCGAGAUAAAGAGCUGAGAAACAAGCAAAUGAAAACGUUAGAGAUGCUGCGUGAACAGACAACAGAUCAGAGAACAAAACGAGAAAACAUAAAAGAAAAACGAAAGGCUAUGUUAGAAGCAAGACUUGCUAAACUCCGACAAAAAAAGAUGAAAAAAUCAAAAGAAGAUGGCACAGAGGAAGAAAAUGGAGAAAUAGAUGGAGGUGUUAUUGGGCCUUUGCCUGCAGCACCAGAGGCCGAGCCGACUCUGCAUGCUGCUACCCAGAGUAGCAAAGUAGAAGUCAUCAUUCAGGAGAGGAAGGAUACCAGGCCUGGGGUGCCACACAUCCGAGAGUGGGACCGAGGAAAAGAAUUUUCCUUCGGAUAUUGGUCGAAGAGGCAGUCAGAUCUCCGGGCUGAGAGAGAUCCUGAGUUUGCCCCACCAUCGGAUUACUUUGUGGGUCCAAAGAGAACUGGUUCUUUCAGUAGCCAGUCGUGGAGCAGACCUGCACCUGCACAGAAUGCCCCAGGGCAGGGCCCCGGCCAGGAGGCUGGCUCUUCACAGGCAUCAGCCGCUCCUGCCCCCAGUAGCCCACCACAAGCCCCUCCGGUCACUUUCGAAACUUUGGAUGAUAUGUUAUCAUAUUAUAAACAAGUGACAUGAAACUUGAGAAGUGUGCUGAGAUGGGUCUGUGCUGUUGAUGGGCCUUCUUCUUCCAGGGCAGAGAGACUAACUUAGCUGUAGGGACUGAAUUGUACCUUUCCCUUCUGGUCCUUUCCCUAGAAGACACAGACUUCAGGUUGGAUUUGUCCUCAAGGGAAAAAGUGAAUGGUGCUGUGGGAACUCUGUGGUCACUUGGCUUUUCAUUUCUUUAUAAUUGGUGUGAAGACAUAUCACCUGGAUUUACGUGUGAGCUGUGAUAGAGUGGAAAUACUCUAAUACUUGACACUGAGGACCUUAUACCCUUGUCUGUUGCAUACCCACUCCCACAGCUUAUUCAUAUUUAAGGGCUCCAUUCCUUUACUUUGGCAGAUACUAACUUGCAGAUGUCUUUGUUCCAAGGAUUCAGCUUCCAGAUCAGUUGAUGGAGCAUCUGUGAGAAGAAAUUCUUGCCUGUAAAACAGUGGCAAAUGCGGGGACAUUGUGGGUGACAAAGUAAUCUAGUCUCCAAAGGACCCUGAAGCUGGUGGGCUGUUAAGCCAUUACCAUCUGAAACAAUAAAGAAGACCAUAGAGGAGAACUUCAUUAUCUAGAAAUGGAGGAGUUGAAGUCACUUUAUUGUCAUCCCAUCCUAAGUGACGAUUAUCACCACACAUGGAUAGUCGGUGUUCAGUGUGUGUUGAAUGACUGGGGUGUUUAUGGUGUCUCCUGAGCCUGGUCAGAGAGUGAGAUGCUCCUUAGCUCUAAAGGGUAGUUUUUCAGCUCAGCUGUCUCCCUGCUGCUCCCACUGUAGGCUCUCAUCACUCUCAGGAGUCACCUCAGAAGCCUGAUUGGAAUAGAGUUGGGCUGGAAAGAGGGGCAGAUAGGUCCCUUCAUCCUUGCUGACAAUGGUGGGUAAGCAAGACUACAGAAGGACUUCAUGUGUCUAAAUAUUGGAACAGACUAGGGCAGGUCUUCCAGGUACCUAAAGGAGCCCACUUCCCACAGGCUCUGUGAUGGGCAUAGGCUCAGCAAUGUUGAUGGGGGCACCAUUACAGAUUUCCGAAGAGUUCAGAGAGGGUCAAUGACUUUUCCAAGGUCCUCUGGCAUCUAAAUGGCAGAUCUGGAAUUUAAAUGUUUGUUUAGGUUCAUCUUUGCUCCAGACUCAUGGCUUUCUUCAAUGCCUGUUGCCCCAAUAUCAAGCAGUAUUAGAAAUCCCAGAUUUUUGAAAAUUUAGCUUCUCAACUUCAUAUCAAGGGCAAAGUUGUCAGUGCUGUUAAUGGUCAUCCUGUCAGCCUAAUCAGGUAAAUACCUCUUAUACAUUAAAACCAACUGACCUGGUUGCCUUUUUUAGCUGAAAUUGAUAAGCUGAUCUAAUUCACAUGGAGCUGCAAGGAAUGCAGGAUAUCCAAAACAAUCUUGAAAAAAAAAACAGUUCUGACUCACACUUCCUGAUUUCAAGACUUAGCUACAAGUUAUAGGAAACAAAACUGUCUUACUGACAUAAGGGUAAACACACAAAUCAUUGGAAUAGGAGUUGAGAGAGUCCAGAAAUAAAUACAUACAUCCAUGGUAAAUUGAUUUUUGACAGUGGUGCCAAGACCAUCCAAUGGGGAAAGAAUAUUCAACAGAUGAUUUUGGGAGAAUCGCACAUGCAAAAGAAUGGUUUGGACUGUGCCUUAUGCCAUAUACAAAACCUACUCAAAAUGGAUCAAAGACCUCAAUGUAAGCUAAACCUACAAAAUCAGCUGAAAUAGCUUGUAGGGCAUAAGGGAAGGAGCCAAAAAAUGGGAAUACUAAGAAAAAACAUCAUAGAAUCAUAAAAGGAAGGUAAGGAAGAAAACAAUAGAGAAGUAAUGAGAAAGAUGUAUUUAUAAGGUAGAGCAGAAGGACUCAGGGCUAAUUGUGAAGAAAGGACAGGAAAACUAGUCAAGCAGCAAUAGGCUGAGGAGUAUGGGAGCCAGUGGUCACAAAAGGGGUCACUAAAUCUCGUCUAGGGCACCUAAGGAAGACAGCAACGCAGUCUGAACAGUGGCUCAUGGUCACCGAGUAACAGUAAGUCAGAUUUUCUCUAGGGUUUCAAAGACUAUAAACCUACUACUGAUCCUCUCAGUGUACAUGAGUUUAGUGUUUUGUGAGCCCAGUUAACAUCCUCUUCCAUUUCAGACCCAGAGUUCAAGAAUUAGCACAAAUAACCGUUUUACCAUUUCUCACAGGCCUGUUUUCUAUGAGUGUAUCCAGUAGAUGGCAUCAGAGUUCUUAAGACUUCAGAUCCGUGCUCUGUAAAACAGCGCUGCCCAGUAGAAAUACGAUGUAAGGCUUCUGUCAUUUUCAGUUUUCUAGGUACCACAUUGAAAAAGUGAAAUUAAUUUUAUACUGUACUUUAAUCCACUGUAUCCAAAAUAUUUUAAGUUUAAUCAAUAUACAAAAAUGUUAGUGACAUAUUUUACAUUUCUUUUCACGCCAAGUCUUAAGUCUCCACUGUGUAUUCCCUUACAGUCAGUCCAUCUCAAUUCAGAAACUAAAUUUUCAUCAUGAAUACUUGACCUGUAGAUUUCAUAAACUGUUCAGUUGAAAAAGUAGAUUCACAUACCCAGUUUAUUGCAUACUUAAACAUAUUUGAAAGUUUGCCAGUAACAGUAUCAAAUUUUAAAUUAAGAAAAUUAACAUUUAGUUCUGUAGUCAUACCACAUUUCAGAUGCUCAAAAGACAACAUGUCUCGUGCUACUGUACUGCAUUGAGCACAACUCUAAAUUAUCUGUAUUUACUUGUGUUAGCAUUUGACCCUACAUAAUCUUCCCAUUAGUCAUGAAGGGGUUGGCAGGUAUUUCUUCCAGGCAUACAUUAAGGAUUCAAGAUAACCUUAGGGCUGGCUGUGUUUAACUUGGGAGCACGCAGUGGUGAAACCUGUCAGAGCACAUGACCAUGUCUUUGUAGAGCUGAGUGAAAUGUUUUGCAUCAGGAAUUGCUUUGAAUUAUUUAUUUAUUUUCAAAUAAUCUGUUAUUUUUUCUCAAGGCCUUUGUGUGUUUUGAUACAGUUUGUUUGAAUUGGCUAAAUAAAUCAUUUUGUUUGCUUGCAAAA